UGAGUUAACUGCUAUGCAGUCGGUCAGUUAAAUGUUAUUAUUUACUUGAUUGACGGGGCUGCCUCCCCUGUCCCUCACCCCCCCCCCCAAUCCCCGGCCACGCUCAUGUACAGAACCUGGCUCAUACCAAAAUAAAAACUUAGUUGGUCUUUAAGGUGCUACUGAAGGAAUUUUUUUAUUUGGCUGUAAAUGAGGUGAAGAUCCAGUGUUUGGGAAUGAUGCAUUCCCUCAGUGGAAACGGUUUAGGAACGUAGGAAGCUGUCAUACAGAGUCAGACCUUUGGUCAUUUACCAGUAGCUCAGUACAGUAUUCAGCAGAGCGUCUCCAGAGUCACGGCCAAUCUUUCGUAGCCCUGUUUCCACAUGCAGGGAGUCAUGACCUUUUGUGCCAAAGCACCACUAAGCCCCAAUUUAAUGAAUUUAUUUCAGUGUAUCUGAAUAUUGUUUGUCUUGCACUUAAAGUGCCAAUUAUUAUUAGUAGUAGUAUUAAUUAAACUUAUUCAUUACUGGUAACAUAGUCCAUUUACGGUAUAAUGUGGUAUCAUAAUAUAAAAACAUGCAAUGCCAACAAUUUAGAACACAACAAUUUAGAACACAACAAAACAUUCCUUUCUGGUAGCCACUUUUUGUAAAGUGCAUAACAUUUUUACAAAAAAACCACUCUAUUGAUAUGGCCACCACAGAAUUAAUACUGUAGGGUGAGGAUCAGGGCUAUGCACUUAGUCUCACCCACAACAUCAUUUAUUUUACCCUCCUUCCAGCAAGCAAGUUUUAUGUGAAAACAAAGCCCAACAUGUGAGCUCCUGGUUAUGAACAGAGAGUGCUAUGUACACUCUAUGUAAUUGGGACAAGCAGUCAGGACACCGUGCAGUUGGUUGGCUAGAGCCUUUCCCAGCAUCCAAAUGUGUGGAUCCUGGACUGACUGGAAGUACAAUUUUUAUUCAGAGAUUUGUAGUGCCUGGUUAGCAUCGCAAUGAGAGGGCUGGUGAACAUGAAAAAUAAACUGCUUUUCAACAUGAAUUUACCUUGGCUUAUCAAGUUGUCUACAGACAUUAUAUUCAGAGGGGAUUCCGCUAGGUUUCUUUGCCUUAAGAUUGAUAGCUCCAGUGAUGAAUUGGACAAGGAGAACAACAUUUUAGUGAAAAAUCUGGCUGGUAUGGGCGUGGAUGUCAAAAUGGUAAGAAAACGACAGCCUGGUGUUCUCAAGAGGCAGAUCACCAAUGAAGAUGGCCUGAAGAUUUUUUUGCAAGGAAAAGGGGCUAACAGAGAAGCCAUUGCCAGUAUAAUCUCACGUUAUCCACGUGCCAUCACUCGCUCACACCAGUCUCUCAAAGAACGCUGGGAAAUCUGGCGAAGCAUUUUGAUGACCGACAUGGAAAUUGUAACAAUCCUGAAACGUUCCCCUGAAUCCUUUUUCCGUUCUGGGAAUAAUGAAAACAUGCAGAAGAACAUUACCUUAUUUCGUUCUAUUGGACUGACUUCUAAGGAUCUUUGCAACAUGCUGACCAGAGUUCCAAGGGUGUUUUCUAACAGUAUAGAGCUCAAUAAACAAAUGAUAAGCCUCUUGAAUGACAUCUAUUCAGAUCUAGGUGGAGAAAAGCCAGAUGACUUUGUAAAACAGAUAAUUUCUAAAAAUGUCUUUAUCCUCUUACGGAGCAGCAAGCAAGUGAAAGCAAACGUUCAGUUUUUGCAGUCAUCUUUAAGUCUGAGCAAUGAGGAAUUUCUAACGCUGUUGCAUGGGCAAGGAGGUGAUGUUCUGGAUCUCUCUAAUGAAUACCUAAAAAAGACACUUGCAAACGUGAAAGAGAAACUGUUGUCUCAUGGGUGCUCUGAAAUAGAGGCAGAUAUGUUUGUCCUUAAGCACAUUCGCAUUCUAUACCUUUCUCCACAGAACCUGAAUGAUAAAAUAGAUUGCCUCUUGCAGGCAAAUAUUAACAUUAAUCUAAUACUGAAAAGUCCUCUAGUUCUGGACAAAAGCAUCAAAACUAUAAGUAAUCGUAUUGAUGAGCUGGGAAAGCUAGGCUAUAACUUUCAAAUCCAUGGGAUUGGAAUUCUUGCGUUAAGUAAACAACGAUUUGAAGCAAAAUUGGAAAAGUUACAGGCAGCAACAAGUUUGCACGGCUCUAAUUGAUGUGCGACCACCAAUGCAUGGGUCUUUUUUGACCCAGAAGAGGGCAAACGGGCGUGGGGAGGGGUGGUAAUGGAGGCGAAUGGGCUUAUGCAUGCUCCACCAUCCCGUGGGGGGGGGGAGAAAUU